UUUUUAAAUAUUGAACCGCGAACACAGAUUACCGGUAAAAUGUAUAUCUUCUUCGCAUUACUUUUGUUUAUUAUUAAUGCAGCCAAUUGUCAGAAGUGUGUUAACCCUGGACCUAACGAUCCUUUACCUCCUGGUGGUAUAACUUGGCAAAACUGUACCAAACCACACGAAUUCUACACCUGCGGUUCGGCCUGUCAAAACGAAUGCAACACUUUAGGCGAUCCAUGCACCAUAAUCAACAUCAGAUGUAACGAUCUCUGCUAUUGCUGUCCAGGAUAUGCCAGAGACUGCCUGGGCAACUGUAUUCCAGAAAAAGCGUGUCCACCCAAGGGUUCCUGUCCCAAAAAGCCAUGUAUUGUUUACUGAUUUAAAUUUUUUAUUCAAUAUACGAUGUUCGUUUGUAGCGUUAAGUAUUUAAUAUAAACAUUGCUUUAAUAA